AUAUGUUAUGUCGUUGGUCAAGAAUUGAAUACCAGAUGCUCCAGAAAAAGGCAGAGGAGGAGAUGGAGGUUUGGUGGCGGAGUCGGAAAUGGGAGCAGAUACGGGUAUUCUUCUUGAUAUUGCUUCUUCACGGUGUGGCCAUUCUUAUCUUCACCCGAGGUUUCCUUCUCACCCGGACCGAGCUCCCCUUUUACAGCCAUUGCUCCGAUCUUUCCCAAUCUCCUUGCUUUUCUACUUCUUCUUCUUCGUCGUCGACUUCUUCUCCUAACUCUUCCCGUUGUUGGACCAAGCCGGUUAUUGAUCGCGUCGUCAUCAUUAUCCUCGACGCCCUCAGGUUUGACUUUGUUGCUCCCAGUACGUUUUUCGAAGUGUCGAAACCAUGGAUGGACAAGUUACGAGUGAUUCAGAAGCUGGCUUCUGAGCGAGGAUCUUCGGCUAGGAUUUUCAAAGCUAUAGCAGAUCCACCAACCACGAGUUUGCAGCGUUUGAAAGGCCUGACAACCGGUGGACUGCCUACAUUUAUUGACGUUGGGAAUAGCUUUGGUGCUCCUGCAAUUGUUGAAGAUAACUUUAUACAUCAGUUAGUUCAAAAUGGAAAGCGAGUGGUGAUGAUGGGGGAUGAUACAUGGACACAGUUGUUCCCUAAUCAUUUCAAAAAGUCUUAUCCGUACCCCUCUUUUAAUGUUAAAGAUCUUCAUACGGUAGACAAUGGAUGCAUCGACCACCUACUCCCAACCUUGUAUCAAGAAGAUUGGGACGUUCUUAUAGCACAUUUUCUUGGUGUGGAUCAUGCAGGCCACAUAUUUGGGGUUGAUUCCAGUCCAAUGAUAGAAAAAUUGGAGCAAUACAAUCUCGUUCUAGAGAAAGUAAUUGAAGUGUUGGAGAGCCAAUCUGGACCAGGUGGCUUACAUGAAAAUACAUUGCUUCUUGUGAUGGGUGACCAUGGACAAACCCUACAUGGAGAUCAUGGUGGAGGGAGUCCUGAAGAGGUUGAAACGUCAAUAUUUGCCAUGAAUUUUAAGAAGCCUCCAUUUUCAAUACCACCUGAGUUUGAUACUUCAUCUGGUGGACACAAUUUGGAUGGGAAGAAGAUGUACAUCAGCUCUAUCCAACAGCUUGACUUUGCAGUAACACUGUCAGCGCUGGUUGGCAUCCCCUUUCCUUUUGGAAGCAUUGGGCGUGUUAAUACUGAUUUGUAUGCUUUGGGUUCUGGUACAUUGAACUCAGAGGGCACUAAUCUAGAAAAAUGUCAGAAUCAGUCUGAAUUGGAACAAUGGAAGCAAAAUUAUGUCAAUGUACUCUGUAUCAAUUCUUGGCAGGUGAAAAGGUACAUUGAUGUUUAUUCAGCUUCAUCUCUCAUUGGAUUUUCCCAUGAAGACUUGUUGCAAAUUGCGGAUGUAUAUGCUCAAGCAGAUAAGAGUUGGUCCAAUACUACAAAGAAAUUAUUCUUACAUCAAAAUGAAUGCUCUGAUUCAUUAUUACCUGCUCUUAAGAUGCAAAUUGACUUGUAUGUUAAUUUCUUAACAAGUGUUGCUGAGCUAGCACGCUCAAAAUGGACUGAGUUUAAUUUGAAGAUGAUGGGUACUGGUUUCGGCAUAAUGUUAGUGUCUCUGCUUAUCCAUUUACUAUCUAUCAAGUGGGUGGCCAAGCAGUAUGGUGCUUCAUUUACUUGUGGAGAUUCUGGGAUUUCGUUAGGCUUAAUUGUUGCAUGUUUUGUGGUAGUUAUACGUGCAAGCAGCUUCCUCUCAAAUAGUUAUAUUUUGGAAGAAGGAAAAGUAGCAAAUUUUCUUUUGGCUACAACUGGCAUUUUUAAGUUACGUUACACAAUCCUAAGGAAGAAGAUGCUAUUAGAAGCAGUUGUCUUCCUUCUCUUGAUCACCUUUUGCAGAUUUACCAUUGAAAUUGGGCUAUCAAAGCAGGCUGUGACCUCUCAAUUUCUGAACGCUUAUCCUUCAUGGAUAAUGAGUAUUGUCUCACAGUUUCCUGCUUGGAUGUAUAUAGCUGAAGUUGUACCAAUUCUAGUGCUGAUUUUAUUGUCAUACUUGCUAUACAAGACCAUUUCUAGCAGCUAUUUUGUGGGGAUUUGGAAGUAUAUGAUCAUGGGAACCAUUUUAAGUUAUAUGCUCAUAGCAGUGCACUGGGCCUCAGAAAGUGGUACAUGGAGUCUGGCUCUGGUUUCUUAUGGCAUCAGCAGAAAUUGCAUUCCCCGAAUGAUUUAUGGUAUUGGGCUUGGACAAGUAUCACUACUGGCAUUUAGUCAGCUGUUCAACAAAGAUAAAGGUUUAGAUCACAGCAAAAGCUUAGUUGUUAAAACGGUGGGAAUGCUAUCUGCUUUGAGUUCAGUAGUCAUUCUUCUGUUAGGAAAACAAGGUCCCUUGGUUGCUUUGGCAUCCAUAAUUGGAGGCUGUUGCAUAAUGAGUCUGGGCAACAUGGAACAUGAAGCCAAGGACAGCAUGAGUGAUCCUUUGGCUGUUGAUCCUCUUCCCGUAACACAAUGGAACUUUCUAGCGGCAUGUAUGUUCUUCUGCACUGGUCACUGGUGUGCUUUUGAUGGCCUUCGAUAUGGUGCUGCAUUUAUCGGUCAUUUUGCCCCUAUUAUAGUGAUUGAUAUGGCUGGUUUACCCUAUACCAUUUUCAGGUUUGAUGAAUUUAUCCUUAUUCGCCAAGCAAUCCUCCUUACUAUUGACACAUUUGGUUUUUCUCACAUCCUUCCUAUAUUUGCACUGCCAUUUCUUGUUGCUCGCCAAAAUAUGUUGAGUCAGAAACAAUUCAUUUUAAUGCGGUUAUCUCAAGUGUAUCUGAUGUAUGGGCUCAUUACGGCCACCACAGUUACUGUCACGAUGUUAUGUGUCACAAUUCACAGGCGGCAUUUAAUGGUAUGGGGGUUAUUCGCCCCAAAGUUUGUUUUCGAUGUGGUGGGUCUUAUCCUUACAGACGUCUUGAUUUGCUUGGCAUCUCUUUUCUAUUUUGGUCGAGUGGAAAAGGAUGUGCAACAAAAUCCAAGUACUGAAAAAUGAAUGCUUAUACUACGAACAACAUAUUUUCAACUUAUGUAAUUUACUUGUUAUAGUUCAUUAGCAAUGCACAGUAUUUAUUUCAAGCACUGUGGUUUUCAUUUUGUCUUAUAGAGGAAAUGCGUUGAGAAACGCAUCAAGUCGGUUCUAGCAGUGAAAAGACACGUGUUUUCUUUUGAUAGAAGAAGUAAAAGGGUGUUUUUUUUUUUUGAAAUAAUAAUACCUCUUUCAUUCA